AUGUUUGAAAUGAAUGAACAAGAGCAAAAUUAUGAACAAUCUAAUUCUACAACAUCUCUUCAUAAUGCUGAUCAAUAUCAUUAUCCAGUAGCAACUACAAGUAGUUCAGUUGAUUAUUCACCAUCAACACAAACAUUUGUUCUUUCUUCAAGUACAACAGUUUUUCAAUCACUAUUAUCACCACAAGAAAAUCAAAAUAAUUUUUCUGAACAAUAG